AUGUGUAGUAACAAUAACACAACUUGUGUCAACAUCUCAAGUCUAAUUCAGCCUGAGGACGUUUUCUCUCGUCGUUGUAUCUGGGUGAACGGUCCGGUCAUCGUCGGUGCUGGCCCAUCAGGCCUAGCUGUCGCCGCCGACCUGAAACGCCAAGAAGUUCCGUUUAUAAUCCUCGAGCGAGCUAACUGCAUAGCCUCUCUGUGGCAAAACAGAACCUAUGAUCGUCUCAAGCUUCAUCUCCCCAAGCAAUUCUGUCAAUUACCAAAUUUGCCCUUCCCGGAGGAUUUCCCCGAGUAUCCAACGAAGUACCAGUUUAUCGAGUACCUUGAGUCCUACGCAACCCACUUUGAUAUCCGCCCUAAGUUCAAUGAGACUGUCCAGUCAGCUAAAUAUGACAAGAGGUUUGGGCUGUGGCGAGUCCAGACUCUGUUGAGAAGCGAGCUGCUCGGUUACUGUGAGUUCGAGUAUAUUUGCAGGUGGCUCGUGGUGGCGACGGGAGAGAAUGCUGAGAAAGUGGUGCCGGAGUUUGAGGGUUUAGAACACUUUGGUGGUGAUGUUCUUCAUGCUGGUGAUUAUAAAUCCGGCGAGAGGUACCGUGGAAAACGAGUUCUGGUAGUCGGAUGUGGAAAUUCCGGCAUGGAAGUCUCUCUCGACCUAUCCAACCACGAUGCAACCCCAUCAAUGGUCGUUCGUAGCUCUGUUCAUGUAUUACCGAGAGAGAUUCUUGGGAAGUCGACGUUCGAGUUAGGCGUAACAAUGAUGAAAUGGAUGCCGGUUUGGCUCGUGGACAAGACUCUGCUCGUUCUCACAAGGUUACUUCUGGGGAACACUGAUAAGUACGGGCUUAAGAGGCCUGAAAUUGGACCCUUAGAGCUGAAGAACACCGCAGGUAAAACUCCCGUUCUAGACAUCGGAGCCUUUCCGAAAAUCAAAUCAGGAAAAAUAAAAAUCGUAGCGGGAAUAGCUAAGUUUGGUCCUGGAAAGGUCGAACUCGUGGAUGGUCGAGUCCUAGAGAUUGAUUCCGUUGUUCUUGCAACUGGUUAUAGAAGCAAUGUGCCUACAUGGCUUAAGGACAACGACUUGGCAGAGAUUGGGAUAGAGAAGAACCCGUUUCCAAAAGGGUGGAAAGGGGAGGCUGGAUUGUAUGCAGUUGGGUUCACGAGAAGAGGGCUCUCAGGUGCUUCGCUUGAUGCUUUGAGUGUGGCUCAUGAUAUUGCUAAUUGCUGGAAAGAAGAAACUAAGCAACAGAUCAAAACUGUUGCUGCUCGUCACCGUCGUUGUAUUUCACACUUUUGA